AUGAACCCGCUCAAGUACAUAUUUCAGAAAGCAAUGCCCACAGAAAAGCUAGAAAAGUGGCAAAUGUUGUUGAGUGAGUUCGACAUUGUGUACAUGACUCAGAAAGAAAUCAAGGGGCAAGCCUUGGCUGAUCACCUUGCUGAAAACCCAGUAUAUGAAGGAUAUGAACUGCUUAGAACAUAUUUCCCUGAUGAAGAAGUAUUGUUUGUAUGGGAAGAUAUAUCAGAGUCAUAUGCUGGGUGGAGAAUGUUCUUUGAUGGAGCAGUGAACUCUAGAGGAUCAGGAAUCGAAGCGGUGUUGAUAUCUGAAUCGGGGCAACAUUAUCUAGCAACAACAAAGCUUAGAUUUCGAUGCACUAAUAAUAUGGAUAAGUAUGAAGCAUGUAUUCUUGGCAUUAGAAUGGCUCUUGACAUGAAUGUUCAAGAAUUACUGAUAAUUGGUGAUUCAAACUUGUUGAUUCAUCAAGUUCAAGGAGAAUGGGCAGUGAAGAAUCCUAAAAUCUUACCUUACGUACAAUUGGUACAUGGAGAUCUGAUCAAAGUACCUCCCCACGUGCUCAGUGUGAUGAGUUCCCCUUGGCCAUUUGCAGCUUGGGGCAUGGAUGUUAUUGGACCGAUUGAGCCUGCUGCCUCAAAUGGUCAUAGCUUCAUUUUGGUCGCCAUUGAUUAUUUCACAAAAUGGGUGGAAACUGCUUCCUACAAAGUUGUGACGAAGAAGGUUGUGGCCGAUUUUGUUCGCAACAAUUUGAUAUGUCAUUUUGGAGUUCCAGAGUCUAUCGUCACAGACAAUGGAGCAAAUCUAAAUAGCCAUUUGAUGAAAGAGAUAUGUGAACAAUUCAAAAUUAUCCAUCGUAAUUCAAUUGCAUAUCGUUCUCAGAUGAAUGGAGUUGUGGAAGCUUCUAAUAAGAACAUCAAGAGGAUACUGAGAAAGAUGAUUGAUAACUACAAAUAUUGGCAUGAAAAUUUGCCUUAUGCUUUUCUAGGUUAUCGCACCACAAUCCGAACCUUAACUGGAGCAACUCUUUAUCUAUUGGUAUACGAAACAGAAGCAGUGAUUCCAGCUAAAGUUGAGAUACCAUCUCUAAGGAUUAUUCAGGAGGCUGGAUUUAGCGAUGACGAAUGGUUUCGUGACCGAUAUGAGCAAUUAUCAUUGAUUGAUGAGAAAAGAAUGAUUGUUGCUUGUCAUGGCCAAUUGUAUCAACAGAGAAUGACUCACGCUUUCAACAAAAAAGUAAGAGUUCGAACAUUUGAGGUAGGCCAAUAG